AUAAAGCGUUUAUGUUCCAGCUCUGUCUCUGAAGACCUCGGCUGUAGAAGAGGAGAGUUCAGCAGGAAACACUAUGGAUCUGUGGAAUUGCUUAUUUCUAGUGAUGCAGAUGGAGCAAUACAGAGGGCUGGGAGAUUUCGUGUGGAGAACGGCUCUUCAGAUGAGAAUACACACCACAUACCAGGAACGUGGAGAAGAACAGAUGUGCACUUGGAAAACCCUGAGUAUCACACCAGAUGGUACUUCAAGUAUUUUCUAGGAAAAGUUCACCAAAACUACAUUGGAACAGACUCAGAAAAGAACCCAUUCUUUCUGUCUGUGGUUCUGUCUGACCAAAACAAUCAACGUGUGCCCCAAUAUCGCUCAGUUCUAUGGAGAAAAACAGGUACCUUGAAAAUUUGCCUUUCAUACUGCCCCACAAAAACACUGUCAGUGAAAUCUAUCUUAAGUGCCAUGAAUCUUGACAGAUUUGAAAAGAGCCCCAGGGAAAUCCUUAAUCCAGAGAUCCAAAAGGAUCUACUGGUGUUAGAAGAACAAGAGGGCUCUGUUAAUUUUAAGUUUGGAGUUCUUUAUGCCAAAGAUGGCCAGCUAACGGACGAUGAAAUGUUUAGUAACGAAGCUGGGAGUGAAAAUUUCCAAAAGCUGUUAAAUUUGCUGGGAGACACCAUCACCCUGAAAAGCUGGAUAGGUUACAGAGGAGGACUGGACACCAAAAAUGAUACAACAGGAAGUCAUUCUGUGUACACUGUUUACCAGGGGCAUGAGAUCAUGUUUCAUGUUUCAACAAUGCUACCUUACUCUAAAGAAAACAAGCAACAGGUAGAAAGGAAACGCCACAUUGGGAACGACAUUGUCACCAUUGUAUUCCAAGAAGGUGAGGAGUUCUCUCCGUCAUUCAAACCAUCUAUGAUCCGCUCUCACUUUACUCAUAUUUUUGCCUUAGUGAGGUACAACAAACAAAAUGAUAGUUACAGGUUUAAAAUCUUUUCAGAAGAAAGUGUCCCUCUGUUCGGGCCACCUCUCCCGUCCCCUCCUGUUUUUACUGACCACCAAGAAUUCAGGGAUUUUCUUCUAGUAAAAUUAAUAAAUGGGGAGAAAGCCACACUGGAAACUCCAACAUUUGCUCAGAAAAGACAGCGGACUUUGGAUAUGCUCAUUCGUUCCCUGUACCAGGAUCUGAUGCCUGAUUUACAUAAGAACAUGCUGAAUAGAAGAUCACUCAGUGAUGUGUUACCGGAAUCCCCGAGAUCUGCCCGGAAGAAAGAAGAGGCUCGGCAGGCUGAGUUUGUGCGGAUUGGUCAGGCGCUAAAGCUGAAGACCAUUGUACGUGGUGAUGCUCCCACAAGCCUGGCGACAACAGGGCUCUGUAGGAAGGAGCCCUGGGAAUCUCAGUGCUUCUGCAACAAUUUCCCUCAUGAGACGAUCACCGGUGAUUCUUGGGGACAGUCUUUGCUUGUGUCUUCAGAUGCUGCAGUAUUGCUCAUAGAUGAGGGACAGCCAUCUAUACCAGUGUUUGAUAAAAGUCUUCAGAUCAAGCAGAUUCAUGUGUUAGAAAAUCUGGAUCUGUUAAUCACUCGAGCAGAUAAAGGAAAAGACGCCCGUCUAUACGUAUUUCGAUUAAGUGCCAUCCGAAAAGGCUUAGAAGAUAAGCAAGCUAUGAAGAGCAAGUACGAUUGUAGAGACAAUAAACUUGAGAAAACAAAAGGCUGCCAUUUGUACGCUAUCAACACACAUCACAGCAGCGAGCUGAGGAUUGUAGUGGCCAUCAGGAACAAGCUCCUACUCAUCACAAGGAAGUUCCACCAGCUCAACAGCUUUAUAGGGCUAACUAUGUCCCCAAAUGCAACUGAGUCACCGGUGGAAGAAUUUCAGUAUAUCAGGGAGAUCUGUCUGUCUGAUCCUCCAGUGGUGAUGACUCUGGUGGAUGGACCAACUGGGGAGAACGACAACAUGAUCUGUGUUUCUUACCGACACCAGUUUGAUCUAGUGAACGAGAGCACUGGAGAGUCCUGUCGUCUGCAUCAUGUUGAUACUAGUAGGUCUGAUCUAGAGAAUAAGAACACUGGAGAGUCCUACCAUCUGCAUCAUGUUGAUGCUUGUAAGGAACGUAGUCACACAUGGUCUGGUCUAGAGAACAAGAGCACUGGAGAGUCCUACUGUCUGCAUCAUGUUGAUGUUGGUAAGGUACGUAGUCACACAUGGUCUGAUCUAGUGAACAAUAACACUGGAGAGUCUUACCGUCUGCAUCAUGUUGAUGCUAAUAUUUGCUACUACAAAAAGGUUUCACCUUUUAACGGAGGUUCCCCACGUAUCCCUUCAUCAGCAUCAGAUUUCCACUUUAGCUGGAACCAGGUCCCAAACGCUGUUGUUUGUGCAUUCCCAUACAUUCUUGCCUUCACCACUGAUUCAAUAGAAAUCCGACUGGUUGUGAACGGCAAUUUAGUUCAUACAGCAGUAGUACCAGAACUUCAACUUGUGGCAUCCAGGUCAGAUAUAUAUUUUAAAGCAACAUCAGCUGUGGGAUCCUCAUCUAACAGCAGUUCCAAGGACACCAGUUCCCACAGCUCGCCACAGACACCACCGGGUUUUGAUCUGCCAGUGUUUCCCUCUGCACCAGGAGAAGGUGAACUUCAAUACAAGAAUAUUUACAAGAUUCCCUUAAGCAAUCUGGUUGGCCGAAGUAUUGAGCGACCGUUAAAGUCACCACUGGUCCCCAAGGUCAUCACUACUCCAACUUCCAGCGGUAUUGCCUGCAUCCCUGUAACGCACUCGCUGUCACUGUCACAGAUGGAAAUAAAAGAAAUAGCGUGCAGGACCAGAAAGGAGUUGUUAGGUCUUUCUAGUGAGCCAACAACAAAAUCUGAUAGUUCACACAAACAAAAGAAACUUGCCAAAAAAACAGAGGAAGGAGACACUAAGCAGGACGUGGUACGGUCGUCUAGCACUGAUCGGAUAAACUCGAGCUCGUUUGAGAGUAAUUCUGAAGGUCAGCGUCAUUAUUCCACUAGCUCUGACCCUGACACUGUCAGUGUGGAGGAGAGCCUACCCUUUAACAGUACCCCCUUCCAGAUGGGCAUAUCAUUUGAUGAAGAUAUUGUUGAUUUAAAGUGACGACAAUCUUAGUAUCCCUUGUUCUCUUCUCC